AUGAUAAACCUUAAGAAGAAUCACAUCAGAGAGAGCCAUGCACUGACAGAUUCAAAGGGUUUUGCUUUUGCUUUCAAUAUUGUUGCAAAUGGACAAAGUCUGAAAGUAGGGUAUUACCAGGAAACAUGCCCAGAUCUUGAACCCUUAGUUAAAGAGAUUGUAGACCAAGUCAUCUCUAUAUCGCCAACUCUUGCACCUCCAUUGUUAAGAAUGCAUUUUCACGAUUGUUUUGUUAGAGGCUGUGAUGGAUCAGUGUUGUUGGAGUCUCCAGCAAAAAAAUAUGAGAAGGAUGCUGACUCAUAUUUAAGUUUAAGAGGAUUUGAAAUUAUAGAUCAAGCGAAGGCUGCAGCAGAGAAAGUGUGCCCCGGUGUCGUUUCAUUAUAUGAAAAAAUUCAAUUAGAUAAUGAAGAUAUAUUCAGGGUUAUAAUUGAAUUCUAUGUUUAUCAGGUUAAAGGGCCAUUCUGGGAAGUCGAAACUGGACGAAGAGAUGGAAGAGUAUCGAUUAAGAGCGAAGCCCUACAUAAAUUGUUAGCACCCUUUUCAAACAUUAGUACUUUAAAGAAAGGGUUUAAGAAGCGCGGUUUAAGUGUCAAGGACCUCGUAGUCUUAUCAGGUGGACAUACAAUUGGGAUUUCUCAUUGCUCAUCCUUCCACCACCAUCUCUACAAUUUCACUGGAAGGUUUGAUACCGACCCCAGUUUGGAUAGUAAGUACGUAAAAAAACUUAAGAUGAAAUGCAAGCCUCGAGACCAGAACUCAAUAGUGGAAAUGGAUCCCGGAAGUUACGAGACCUUCGAUGAGUCUUAUUUCAGACUUGUGGCGAAAAGAAGAGGGCUUUUCGAGUCAGACGUAGCUCUACUAGAUGACAUUGAAACAAAAGCAUAUCUCAAAUUUCAAGCUCUAUCUCAUGGAUCUACGUUCUUCGAAGACUUUGGGGAGUCGAUGGUGAAAAUGGGCAGAAUUAAUGUGCUUACUGAUAAAGAAGGUGAAAUCAGAAGUGUGUGUACUAAGGUUUACUAAGAACACAUGAGCAUGUUUGGUUGUGAUUAAAAGUUAUUUUGAAGAAAGUAAAUUAAGCACAACUACAUGUGCAUGGUCAU